UUUGCCUUUAUUAAAUUUUUAGGCUUAAGCAAAUCCGCUCUCAUUGGCUUGACAACAUCAAGAUCAUCAAACGCAACUGCAGCGCCAGCUCCCUUAACGCCAACCUCUGGACCGCCAUCCAGCAGCAGUUUGGGCUCUUUACCCUCCCUGGGUUUGGAACCAAGACCUCCAUUGGCUGCCACCCGACCCAAAUGUAACAGCAUCUUACAUCUGUUCGGUGAAUGGUUGUUUGAAGCGGCCCAUAUAGGGGGUGAUGCUUGGCUAAUGAAUACCAAAAAACAAGCCAGUGAGGCCAGUAAACGCCCCUCCUCGAUGAUUAUGGAAACUCGUAAGGGUAGCAUUUCUUUGUCACAACCAAAUUCCCUUAACGACCCCUCAAGCCUGCCGCCCACAUUGACUAUCGAUAAAUAUGAAUCGGGUCGGGCUGAAGCCAUUGGCACCCUGUGUAAAAUAUUUUGUGCUAAAAAAACUGGCGAAGAAAUACUGCCCGUUUAUUUGGCCCGAUUCUAUAUGGCCCUACAGCAAUGUUUAAAAAUUACCGAAACUAAAGAAUGUGAUGAAACAUUGGCCAGUAUUCUAUUAAAUUCCGCCGAUCUAUUUCGUCUAGAUUUAGAUGGUGUACAUGUACUGUUGCCCUCAUUUAUUGCAGCAUUGGAAAUUGUCCUGCCCGCAAAAGAUUUGAAAAUUAAAAAUCAAUCAAUGCAAUUUAAUAAAACCGAUUUGCGGCGUUCCGCCAUACAAAUUUUACUAUCGAUUUUGACACUACCAUUGCAUUUUCAAACACUGCCAAUACGUGAUUUAACCAAUGAGGCUUCGGAGAGGAUUACAACAUUUUUACAAUUGAAACCCCGUCUAAUAAAUAUUUUAAUGAAUGCCCUACAAGUGGAAACGGAUGCACAAAAUACCCACAUGUUAUUAGGUGGCCUAUUACUAACCGUACAAGAUGCUGUUACCUUUGAAGAAACUGAAAGUCUGGGAGAUCAUUCGAAUCUUCAUGGUGGUUCACCUUCGCCUGGUCAUGGUAAUGCUGAAUCGAAUAUCCUUAGCUCGGCUUGUUCUGAACGAUCUGCUUCAAUAGCUAGUGUUGGCAAUUCUAGUUUAGGUGCACACAGUACUGCUACCAUAGGUAAUUCUGUUGCCGCUGGUUCAACAGCAGCUGAUUCGUAUCAUGGUUCGGGUACAUUAAAUGCCCGUGAUAAUUCAUCGCAACAUGAAUAUCCUAGUUUGACGAUAUUCGAUGAUUUGCCAUUGGAUGUAUUGCACGAAUAUGAAACAGCUACUAGUUAUGAUAAUGCCCAUGCGCUAUUUGUUCGCGCUACAUAUUUGGUAUGCCACCGCUUGAUUUCUUCAUGGAGAACGGACUUGAAUGUUUCCCUAGCCGCAUUGGAGCUACUUUCGGGUUUGGCUCGUCUCUUUAUACGUGAUACAGAAACCUUAGUCAAAAUUGAAGAACCAAGUCAAAAUCUUACGAUAAUUUCCACAGACGCCUUGGAAUGUAAACGCGCCGUCAAAUGGAUUUGUGAUUAUAUCUGCUAUCAGUGUUCGAGACCGCCACAGGCACACAGCAAAGAUUUGCACAGCACCAUUGUUGCGGCAUUCCAAUGCACAUCGGCCUGGUUGAUGCAACAUCCCUACUUGUUGCAGGAUAAAGAUUGUCUACAGACCGUAUUAGAGGUGGUUGAAUUGGGUAUAUCGGGUACCAAGAGUAUUGGCAAACCAGGUGAUAUACCGAAAUUUAAAGAUGAAAAAGAAUUGAAACCAGCUUCUAUGCGUGUUCGUGAUGCCGCCGAGGCACUGCUGACAAUUAUUCUGGAACAAGUUGGUUAUUUUCCAAGUGAAUGUGGCCCGGAGUCGAUAUCAUCGCUAUUGGAUGAGGUAGCAUUGAUGAAACAUUGCAAUUCAUUGGAUUCGUCAAAUGGUUCUUCGAUAACCACCGAACAGGCAAUAUCGAAAUUUAAAUAUUUUGUAACGGAAAAUUCCACGAUUUUGGCACUGCUGGAAGAACCAUUGGGUAAUGAUCAGGAUCCACAGCCAACGGUGACAUGUAAGUAUUCAAAAUAA